UCCUCACUGCUGUGGUCUCUCUGCAGAUCGGAAAGGUUGUUGGGCGUGGCAACCUCCAGGGGAGGAAAGAAGGAGCGAAUUACCCAGUCUUGUGGAGGUCUACCUCCAGUAUCAGCUAUUGUGGCCUUGAAGUGGCUGAAGACCACCACGCUCCAUAGGCCUGUACCCAGGCCCACAGCCAUCUUCUCCCAGCCCAAGUGACUGCUCUAUUCCUUGGUCCCUGCUGUUGUCAGGGACGAUUGCAUGGGCUACGCCAGGAAAGUAGGCUGGGUGACUGCAGGACUGGUGAUUGGGUCUGGUGCUUGCUAUUGCAUUUAUAAACUGACCCGGGGAAGAAAACAGAACAAGGAGAAAAUGGCCGAGGGUGGAUUUGGGAAUGGGGAUGAUGCUGGGGACUGUUCUGGGGUCAGGUACAAUGACUAGUCUGAUGAUGAUGGUGACAACAAUGAGAACAAGGAUAUAGUAUGGUACCCACCUUGGGCCCGGAUUGGGACUGAGGCCGGUACCAGAGCUAGAGCCAGAGCAAGGGCUAGGGCCACCUGGCCAUGUUGGGCUGUUCAGAAACAGGCUUCUCCCAAUUCAGAUGAUACUAUUUUGUCUCUUCAACAGCUGCAGAAAGUGCUUUGCUUGGUUGAAAUGGCUGAAAAGCCUUAUAUUCUUGAAGCAGCUUUAAUUGCUCUGGGUAACAAUGCUGCUUAUGCAUUUAACAGAGAUAUUAUUCGUGAUCUGGGUGGCCUCCCAAUUGUUGCAAAGAUUCUCAAUACUCAGGAUCCCAUAGUUAAGGAAAAAGCUUUAAUUGUUCUGAAUAACUUGAGUGUGAACGCUGAAAAUCAGCGCAGGUUUAAGAUAUACAUGAAUCAAGUGUGUGAUGACACAGUCACUUCUCGCUUGAACUCAUCUGUGCAGCUGGCUGGACUAAGAUUGCUUACAGAUAUGACUGUUACUAAUGAGUAUCAGCACAUGCUUGCUAAUUCCAUUUCAGACUUUUUUCGUUUAUUUUCAGCGGGAAAUGAAGAAACCAAACUUCAGGUUUUGAAACUCCUUUUGAAUUUGGCUGAAAAUCCAGCCAUGACUAGAAAACUGCUCAGGGCCCAAGUACCAUCUUCACUGGGAUCCCUCUUUAAUAAGAAGGAGAACAAAGAGAUUAUUCUUAAACUUCUGGUCAUAUUUGAGAAUAUAAGUGACAAUUUUAAAUGGGAAGAAAAUGAACCUACUCAGAAUCAGUUCAGUGAAGGUUCACUCUUUUUCUUGUUAAAAGAAUUUCAAGUGUGUGCUGAUAAAGUUCUGGGAAUAGAAAGUCACCAUGAUAUUUUGGUGAAAGUAAAAGUUGGAAAAUUCAUGACCAAACUGGCAGAGCAUAUGUUCCCAAAGAGCCAGGAAUAA